AUGGCAACAAAUUGGAUCCCCGAUGAAGCAUCUUUAUCUCAACUUGUUUUGUUGCUAAGAGAUAGUAUGUCUCCUGUGCAACAUGAUCGUGAGACUGCUAUGAAUGCCCUAAAGACUUUUCAAUCACAACCCGAAUUCUUAAAUUAUCUAUGUUAUAUUUUGAUUGAGGGUGCAUCCAAUCCUAAUAUUGCUACCCAAUUCCAACCACACGAAUUGUCUGCUUUACGUGGAACAGCUGGGCUUUUACUGAAAAAUACAAUGCUUCAAAAUAAACAUGGCAUUUUAAAACAUGAUAUUCAAUAUGUUAAGAAUAACAUCAUCCAUGCCUUAUAUACAAAUGAAAACGACAAAUUAAUAACUAAUUCCACAGGUAUUGUGAUAACAACGUUAUUUGCCACUUAUUAUAGACAAGAAAGGUCUGAUAUAACUGGUGUAACUAUGUUGAGAAAAUUAAUUGAAUUAGCAGCAGGCAAUAAUGUAGGUGCAAUUAAGGCAUUAUCAAAGAUUAUGGAAGAUAAUGCACAAUUUUUUCAAUUAGACUGGCAAUCAGAUAAUGGUAUUGUGAAGCCAAUAAAAUUUUUAAUUGAAAAUUUUUUAAAAUUUAUGAUUAAUCCUACUGUUUCAAAUCCUGAAAUAAGAGCUGAAUCUAUUAAAUGUAUUAAUUUUGCUAUCGGGUUCCAAUUACAAGAUGUAAUUAUUCAAAUUGAUGAAUACCUUGCCAAUAUAUUUAAACUAGCUGAACAUGAUGAUCAUGAUAUUGUAAGGGCUCAAAUUUGUGUUGCAUUUACAACUAUUUUAGAAUUCAGACCAGAUAAAUUAACUGAUAAUUUGAUUGGUAUUGUUCAAUUCAUGUUACAUUUAAUUACGUCAGUUCAAGAAGAAACUGUUGCUUUAGAAGCUUGUGAAUUUUUAUAUGGGUUUUCUACUUCUUCAAGCAUUCCAAGACAUAUAUUACAACCAUUUGUUAAAGAUAUCGUUCCAGUUCUUUUGACUAAAAUGGUUUUUGAUGAAGAUUCGAUUCUUAUCUAUGAAUCUCACAAUGAGGAUGAUGCAUACUUGGAUGAUAAAGAUGAAGACAUUAAACCAAUGGCACCACGUAUUGUGAAAAAAUCAACAAAUAGCUCUAUGAGUAAAUCAUCUAAUUCAUUAGAUAAUGAAAGUAGUGAUAGUGAAGAUGAUCAUGACGAUGACGAGGGCGAUGGGGACGUUGAUUCUCGUUGGACUUUAAGAAAGUGUUCUGCAGCUACAUUGGAUAUUAUGACAAAUAUCUUACCAAGAGAUGUGAUUGAAAUUGCACUUCCAUACCUAAGGGAACAUUUGACUUCUGAAAAAUGGUUUAUUAGAGAAGCUACAAUUUUAGCCCUUGGUGCGAUGUCUGAGGGUAUUAUGAAAUUUUUCCAUGAUCAGUUACCAAGUCUCAUCCCAUUUCUUGUUGAACAGUUGAAGGAUCAAUGGGCUCCUGUGAGAAAGAUUGUUUGCUGGACAUUAAGUAGAUUUGCCUCAUGGAUCUUACAAGAUCAUACUGAAUUUUUGAUUCCUGUGUUAGAACCAAUUAUUGACACAUUAUUAGACAAACGUAAGGAUGUUCAAGAAUCUGCAAUUAGUAGUGUUGCCGUCUUCAUUGAAAAUUGUGAUUCAGAGUUAAUUGAAACAUUGUUAUACAGUGAAUUACUGAAUAAUUUUGAUAGAUGUUUCCAAUUUUAUAAGAAGAAGAAUCUAAUUAUUCUUUAUGAUGCCGUAGGAAGGUUUGCUGAAAAGGUAAAUUUUGAUGAUGCAGCCAUGCAAAUAAUUUUACCUCAUUUAAUUAACAAAUGGGCUACAUUGCAAGAUAAUGAUAAAGAAUUAUGGCCAUUGCUAGAAUGCUUAUCCUGUGUAGUAUCAUCACUUGGGGAAAAGUUCUUACCAAUGGCACCUGAUGUUUAUGCCAGAGCGUACAGAAUUCUUUGUCAUUGUGUGGAAAUGGAAUCUAAAUCACAUAGUGAUCCAACUAUUGUUGUUCCAGAGAAAGAUUUCACAAUAACAUCUAUUGAUUUAAUAGAUGGGUUAGUGCAAGGAUUAGGAUCACAAUGUCAACCAUUAUUGUUCCCCAAUAACGACAACACUUUAUUAAGAGUAAUACUUGAAUGUUUAAACGAUCCAGUUCACGAAGUUAGACAAAGUACAUUUGCAUUGCUUGGUGAUAUUGUUACAUUCUGCGACCCUAAAUUGUUGUCUGGCACGUUAUCUGAAUUUUUGAGAUUGAUUGGUACUGAAAUCAUGCAUAAUGAUGAUAUAGAUGGUGUUCCAUCAGUUAUCAACGCUGUAUGGAGUCUGGGUUUAAUUUCUGAAAGGGUUGAUUUGAGUGCAUUUAUUAUUGAUCUGUCUAGGAUCCUAUUGGACUUAUUUACCACUACAUUACAAUUCGUAGACACAGCAAUAUUAGAGAACAUUGCUAUCACCAUUGGCCGUAUGGGUAUAACACAUCCAGAAGUGUUUGCUAAUGGUGCAUUUGCCAAUGAUUCAGUAUGGAAUAAAUGGACAGAUUGCAUGUCUACCGUAGAAUCAUGCGAGGAAAAAAGCAGUGGUUAUAUGGGAUUUAUUAAGAUUGUCAAUUUGAGUCAAAUCACGAUGUCAGAUAAGACAUUACACAAGGUGAUAUCAGGGUUAUCUAUUAAUGUGGAAGCGGAAGUUUUUGGUCAAGAUGUCCUAGCGUUUUUAAUGAGAUAUUCCAAUCAAAUUCAAAAUAUAUCAAGUAACUUGAAUACUGAAGAGAUUACCCUUUUACAAAAAUUCAGUAAUUAA